AAACCCAGUCGUAGGAAACUAACAGCCUCUCCUAAAGAAAAAAUAAAGAUUACAGUUCAGGGGAAAUGAAAAGCGCCCCACAAAUGUCCCGCGCCUCGGUCAGCCGGAAGGACAGAAACCGAUGCUGGGGGGGGCACUAAGCUCGCACCAAGCCCGUGUGGACGUUGCCUUCCCCGGUGCCGCCACCGCCGGGCUUCCCUUCCCCUCCCCUCCCCGAACGGCCGAGCAAAGCGAGACGCUCCUUCGCCACUUUCUGCCCCUCCCCGCACAAGGAGCGCACAACGCGGGUCAGGAAAAGGCGACGUUGUGCUGUUUCUUCGCCAGGCGAUUCCCACAAAGGGAGGCGGCUCCCCGCGCCGAGCAGACGCCGCGCCCUCCUCCCCAGGCUCCACCCGGGGCCUCCGAGGAAGGAGCCCGGGGCUCCGCGGGCAGAGCCGGCCUCCCUGCGCGGACCGCCUCGGCGUCGGGUCCGAGCGGAGCUCCGGUCUCCCCGCUCCGUCUGCCUGGAGGAGCCCCGGGGAGGGAGGGAGGGAGGGACGGGCCCGCCUGCCUGCCUGCCUUCCGCCCGGCCUCCCCGCCCGAGGCUGCCGAGGCCACUUUCCCCCCGCGGGGAUCCCGCCCGCCUCAGCCGGAACAGGAGGCCCGGCCUGGCUCGCCUCCUUCCGAGGCGCCUCGGCAGACAGGCAGGGCCGGAGCACCAAUCAGAGAAGGCAGGAGGCGCGCAGAACGGACGGAAGUGCCGCCCCCGCUUCCGGCAGCGGACAGGCAGCGGAAGGAGCGUCCCGGGUCGAAGUGCACGGAGGCAGGAGGACGGGCGAGCCCGACGGAGGAAGGAAGGAAGGAAGGAGGCGCCGCCCGAGAGGAGAGGAGGCCCCGCGGAGCAGCCCCGGGAGGAGACGGCGGGAAGGCCCGGCAGGGAUGAGCCGAAGGGGACUCCGGGAAAGGAGGCCGCCUGGAAGGAGAAGCGGGGAGCAGGAAACGGGCGGAGACCCCGAGACGGGCCUGGAGAGCGGAGGGUCCUUCGGGACAGGCGGAAGACUCAAGAAACGCCACAGAAUCCACGAGGUCGGAAGGAAAUAUGAAUGCCCGGAAUGUGGAAAAUCCUUCAAAACAAAAGGAAAUAUUGAAAGGCAUCUAAGAAUCCACACAGGAGAAAAACCAUUUAAAUGCCCGGAAUGUGGAAAAUCCUUUAAAACAAAAGAAAAUCUUGAAAGGCAUCUAAAAAUCCACUCGGGAGAAAAACCGCAUAAAUGCCUGGAGUGUGGAAAGAGCUUCAGUCAGAGGGGAAACCUUUAUCGACAUCAAAUAAUUCAUACUGGAGAGAAACCGCAUAGAUGCGUAGAGUGUGGAAGGAGCUUCACUCAGAGAGGAAGCCUUUAUAAUCAUCAAAGAAUUCACACUGGAGAGAAACCCUAUAAGUGCCUGGAGUGUGGAAGGAGCUUCACUCAGAGGGGAAGCCUUUAUAAUCAUCAAAUAAUUCACACAGGAGAGAAACCCCAUAAAUGCCUGGAGUGUGGAAAGCGCUUCAGUCAGACGGGACACCUUUAUACACAUCAAAGGAUCCACUCAGGAGAGAAACCCCAUAAAUGCCACGAGUGUGGAAGGAGCUUCACUCAGAGGGGAAACCUUUAUAAUCAUCAAAGAAUUCACACAGGAGAGAAACCCUAUAAGUGCCCUGACUGUGGAAAGAGCUUUAGUCAAGGGGAAAGCCUUUAUAAACAUGAAAGGAUCCACACAGAAAAACCAUAUAAAUGCCUGGAGUGUGGAAAGAGAUUCAGUCUGAGGGGAAUCCUUUAUAGACAUCAAAGAAUUCACACUAGAGAGAAACCCUAUAAGUGCCUAGAGUGUGGAAAGAGCUUCAUUCGGAGGGGAUACCUUUAUAAUCAUCAAAUAAUUCACACUGGAGAGAAACCCUACAAGUGCCCUGACUGUGGAGAGAGCUUUAGUCAAGGGGAAAGCCUUUAUAAACAUGAAAAGAUCCACACUAGAGAAAAACCAUAUAAAUGCCUGGAGUGUGGAAAGAGAUUCAGUCUGAGGGGAAUCCUUUAUAAUCAUCAAAGAAUUCACACUGGAGAGAAAACCUAUAAGUGUCCAGAGUGUGGAAAGAGCUUCACUCUGCAGGGAAACCUUUAUAGACAUCAAAGAAUUCACACUGGAGAGAAACCCUAUAAGUGCCAGGAGUGGAAAGAGCUUUAGUCAGGGGGAAAGCCUUUAUAAACAUGAAAAUCCACAUUAGAGAAAAACCAUAUAAAUGUCUGGAAUGUGGAAAGAGCUUCAACGUGAGGGGAAACCUUUAUACACAUCAAAGAAGACACAGAAGAAAAUAAACAUAAACGCCUUAAGUGUGGAAAGACUUUUACACCUCAGUCGACAUCAAACUAUUCACACAAGAAAAAAAUGCUAUAAAUGCCUGGAAUGUGGAAACAGCUUCGCUGAGAGAAAAGCUUUAUAGAUAUCAAAGAUUCCAUUUAGAGAAGAAACCAUUUAGAUGCCUGGAGUAUGGAGAAUCAUUCACAGCAAACAAAAAUCUCAGAAGUUAUCAAAAUGUUCACUUGGGAGAUAAUACUUAAUAACAUGAUGUGUGGGAAAAGUUUCAGUCAAAAUAGGUCUCAGUAAAAAUUAUAAACUUUACACAGAGAAUAAAGUUUAUAAAUGCA